AUGAAUAACAUGAAAGCUUUCGUCGAAAAGUUCCGAAAGUCAAGUGAUAACUUAAAAAAGGAUGACGAGCUCUACCUAGAAAGAAAACAACUUAACUCACUUCAUAAUUACUUUUCCCACUCACUGCUAUACUUGGAGAGAUUAGAGAGUGUUAUAAAGAACAUAAAUAUCAUGAUAAGUGAUUUGAAUAGGAGUCUAAUGUCUUUCUUUGAAAAUGACGUGAAUUUAGAAACAAUAAAACAUGUAUCUUACAUACUGAACACUUUUAAUGAUGUGAGGGAGCAGAUAACUAGUCAUAUUGCAAAUUCGAAAGUGGCUGCAAAUAACAUCCUUGAAAAUAUUAAGACGUUACAGAAUUUGUGCUCGAGGAAGAAAAAUUUAGGAGCAUCCAUAGAACACUAUGAAAAGAAAAUUAGAAAAUUACAACUCGUUACCACUUCGAAUCAGAAGCAUUUGGAUAAAGUGAUUAGAAAUGAAGCCAAGUUGAACAUGGUAAAAAAUGAUUACUUAAAAUAUCAUGACGCUAUUAAGAAAGGGUUUGAAGUUAUUUUGGAAAAUAAAACGAACAAGGUUUUAUUUGAUGCUCGGAAGGACUUGGAGAUUUUGUUGUGUUACUUCUCCCUCAUGAAUUCGGUUUCCCUCAAGUUGAAGGACCCCCUGAAGGAGCUGAAAUUCAAAUGCCCGGACGCGAAGAAGCCCAAAAUGCCAAUCGAUUACAAUUUCUUCCUGGAGGAGGAAGACGACAUGAAUUUCUUCAAAGAAAAGAAGAAAGGGUACAGCCACACCGCCAGCAUGCAGAAUGUACACAAUGUGCUGAGUGUGCGCAGUAUGCAGAAUAUGCAUAGUGCGCAGAGUAUGCAUAAUGUGCAUAGUAUGCAUAAUGCGCAGAGUAUGCAAAUGAGCAGUGGGAAAAGUAGAGACUAUAACUACAGUAGCAACAGCAGUGUCAGUAUCAACCCCUUCGGUCGCAACCCCCUGGCGAGUUUAGAAAACAAAAUGUGCAAGAAGCCAGUAAACCAUGCUGCGCUAGCCGAACCUGAUGUUAAAAAAGAAUCCACUUUUUUCAACAUUAAAAGUCUUCUAGGCGUUGCUGAAAAGUCGGCGUCAUCCUCAGCGCCCCCGAAGGCAAAGAGCUUUUCCUCCCCGAACAUCGCCCCGGCCUUUCCGCAGUAG